AUGUUGGAGGUUUUCACCCAUCAACCCCCUUCGAAAACAUUUGAAAAUGUUAAUUUAUUAAAAAAUAAAUUAAUAAAAAGAGAUAAUUUAUUAAUUAAUUCGAAAUUGGGAGAAAGUGGGAGUCCGAAAAGUUUAAUCGAUGUCAACACUUACGAAAUUGUGCGUCAUAAAAAAUUUGAUUUCAAAAAUAAAAAUGCAUUUAAAAGAUUAAAGAGAGAAAUAAAAAACGAAAAGAGUAGCACCGGCAGCACCAGCAGCAGCAGUAACAGCGAAGACAAACCAGUUUCGGAAAAAUUAAUUUCUACACUUACGGAAACUGAAUACAAUGAAAAACAAGGUAAUACGGAUUUAAUAUUACCCAUGCCUGAAGCCGUGAGGGGCCCAAUAUACUCGACCUAUCCUAUAAAAGAAUUCGAUACGGUGGACAUGGACGAUCCUGAUUAUUUGAAACGUCGAAAAAAUGAUACGUCCGAUAUACGAGAUGAUUCACAAAGGGAUAAAAGAACUUUUGGUGAAGGAGGUUCUAAUUAUGGUGAAUCUACAACACCUACGUCAUUUUGGAAGAAAAAAAAAGAAAAUCCAUCUUUUGUUACAGGAAGAGGAUCUUCGACUAAAAAUAAUGAUUACACACCUCCUCAACAUAGAACUGGUGAAAAUCACAAUACAAGCGAUACAAAAGACAUGGUGAAACAAUAUCAAGAUAAUCAUUAUUCAUCUUCGAUUAGAAGAGCUUUUAGCAGGCAAAGCGACAGAGUAACUUCAUCAACUCCGAAAUCAGUCUACGACACGAUUGAUUACAGCAAAAGAAACCAACAAAAUGGAGGAGGAACGAAUUUGAUACGACAAUACGAUGAUGUGAGGGAACCUUUUCGAAAACCGAGACCCACACACGAACAAUUUACAAAUCGUCAAUACGUCUAUAAUUAUCCGGUUCACGAAAGACCAUAUUAUCAGACACCUUCGUAUCCGUCUGAAAUCGUGGGAAGAGGAGUAGAAUACUAUCAUCAAACAUUCGAACCAUCCAGCGGAAGAAUUAUAUAUUACGCUAACAUGCCGGAAAACGGAAGAUCUUUGGAUUAUCGAUAUGUCGAUUCGAUAGAUCGAAACUAUUACUCGAACAAACCAACGUUUGAACCAUUUUAUAAAAAUUUCAUUCCUCCUCAAGAAUACGCGUAUUUGACUUCGGCACAUCCUCCGAUGGAUUUUUCAAGAAUGGGAAGAAGUUAUUCCCAACCUUAUUCAUAUCCGAAUAAUCAGGAUAGAAACAGGUAUCAAAGAGAUCCUAGAUUUACUUUUGGCAAUUACGACAAAGGAAAUAAUUUACAAGAAGAUAAUUUUAGAAAUAAGUUGACUCAGGCACCUUUCAUUCAAAAUUAUCAAGAAAAAGAUGAACCUUUUAGAUUGAAUCCUUUUCCACCGUAUAAUCAACAAAGGUUUCCCUACAGAAAUGAAAUAAAUACUUAUUCGUCACCUCCACCACCACCAUAUUGGAAUUCUAAUCAAGGACCUCUAGCAGACUACAGAUGGCCAAACAAUUACAGGCCACCGUUUAAUACACAAGAACUCACAGGUUUUAAUGAUAAUGAUAAUAUUGAUGGGUGUAAACAAACGUUGGAUUCCAGACAAGUUCCAGAAUUAGGACCGAGUAAGUGA